UCUAAAAGGCAGAAGGAGAUGCGCGCGCUGCUUUUACCGGAUUGCACAUGAAACAUAUAAAGCAUGGCUAAGGUUAGAGGCAGAUAACUGACCCCGCGUGUGUGUGUGUGUGUGUGUGAGCACGCUCGUGCUGACUGCAGUCUCCGUGGAUCUGCGGUAUCACCGGUCAGGAUGGCGAGGCGCGUGCGCGUGGAGGACCGCUUGUUUCGCGCGACAUCACCGCUACACAGCGCGCGCUCUUUCACCGUUUCUUUCUUUCUCCUUUUACAAUGCGCUUUUUUCUGCCACAACCCGGCGCACGCGGGCGUGCUGAGCGGUUUGGAAAAGUAUGAGGUGACUUAUCCACAGUGGAUGAACCCCAGAAGCAAAAGAGACGCUCAUACACACAUGGAGCAUCCUCCAGAGGCAGACAUCAAGAUUACCGCAGAGGGAACGGAGCUGAUCCUACAACUACAGAGGAAUCAAGAGCUCUUGGCCACCAACUAUCAAGAGAUAUGGUACGGUCCAAAUGGUUCACGCUAUUUCUCCAAGCCAUCCAGUACGGAUCACUGUUAUUACCAUGGCACAGUGAGAGGAGCCGAGGACUCCAGUGUUGUUCUCAGCACCUGUUCUGGACUCAGUGGCAUGAUUGCUUUGAACCACAGUGCGGUGUACAUGAUCGAGCCUCUGGCCAAUCACAGUGUCUCUCGGGGCCAUGCAGUGUUCCGUGCUGAGAGCCUGAAAAUACCCAUGAGCACCUGCAACCAACACUAUGGAGGGCAGAACCGCACAGACAAGCUGAGCGAGCUGGUCGGUGGAAUCGCACUAGCCGGUCAUGGCACCAGGGAAAAGAGAGACGUCAGCCGCAGUAUGAAGUAUGUGGAGCUGAUGGUGGUGGCUGAUCACGCUGAGUUUCUCAAGCACGGUCGUGAUCUGGAAAAGACCAAGACAAAGCUACUUGAAGCUGCUAACUAUGUGGACAAGUACUACAAAGCACUGAACAUCCGUGUAGCCCUGAUCCAGCUGGAGAUUUGGAACGAUGGCGAUAAGAUCAGCAUCACGGAGAACCCUUACAAGACCCUGGAGGCCUUCCUGACCUGGAGGAGGAAGCAGUUGGGACAGCUGCCCAAUGACAACGCACAGCUCAUCACGGGUUUAUCAUUCCAUGGUACCACUAUAGGACUGGCUCCUCUUAAAGCCAUGUGCUCAGAAUACCAGUCAGGAGGCGUAAACUCGGACCAUUCUGAAAAUGCAGUCGGAGUCGCGGCUACCAUGGCUCAUGAGAUGGGGCAUAAUUUUGGAAUGAACCAUGACAGUGAUCACUGCUGCAAGGCCCUGCCAGAGGAGGGAGGAUGCAUCAUGGCUGCAGCUACUGGACACCCGUUCCCUCGUGUCUUUAACCAGUGUAACCAGGAAGAGCUGAAGCGCUAUUUGAGCUCAGGUGGUGGCAAAUGCCUGUUCAAUCUACCAAACACUCGGGUUAUGUACGGAGGCCAGCGCUGUGGCAACGGCUACCUCGAGGAAGGGGAGGAGUGUGACUGUGGAGAUGUGGACGAAUGUUCCAGUCCAUGCUGUAACGCUAAUAACUGUACGCUGAAAGCGGGAGCCGAGUGUGCCCAUGGAGUUUGCUGCGAGAACUGCAAGUUGAAGAGCCCUGGAGUGCUUUGCCGCUCUUCGUCAGGUUCCUGUGACCUGCCCGAGUACUGUGAUGGUAAAUCAGAGUCCUGCCCUGCUAAUUUCUACCUGAUGGAUGGCAGCUCCUGUGCGCAUGGCCAAGCUUACUGUUACACAGGCAUGUGUUCCACCCUGGAGCAGCAGUGCCUCUCCCUUUGGGGAAAAGAUGCCCGAUCUGCUCCGGAUCUGUGUUUUACUGAGGUUAACAAGGCUGGAGAUACCUACGGAAACUGUGGCAAAAACCUCAUGGGUGAAUACAGAAAGUGCACUGAGAGGAAUGCUAAAUGCGGGAAGAUACAGUGUUUGAGUGCUGCCGUGAAGCCCAUUGAAGCCAACGCUGUCGCCAUAGACACUACCAUCCGCUUUGGCGACCGUAAGGUCUUUUGUCGAGGUACACAUGUGUACCGGCCUGGCAAGGAAGAGGAAGGUGUGGGAGAUACACUGGAUCCUGGGCUGGUUAUGACCGGAACCAAGUGUGGGGACAAUGCGAUUUGUUUUGGUGGGGAGUGUCGCAACGCAUCCUUCCUGCGAGCGGAUAAGUGCAGCGCCAAGUGUCAUGGCCAUGGGAUGUGUAACAACAAUCAUAACUGCCACUGUGACCCAGGCUGGGCACCGCCUUACUGUAAUCAAGCGGGAUAUGGUGGAAGCAAGGACAGUGGCCCUGUGCAACCAAAAAGUAACUUACUGGUUCUUCUGGUGCUCCUCCCUGUGGCUCUCGCCUUGGGAUUGGGAACGCUUUUCCUCCGUUGGUGCUAUAAGAGGAAGCUUCAUUCUUUGAAAGAUGUGGCUCAUCACCCUCAUCAAAUAACUGUUAGUGUCCCAGCUUCAUCAGGUUCCAAAGCACCCUCUAUCGGUCAUGCCAACCCAACAUUCCAGCUAAACAAAACUAACAUGGACAAAACGGCGGCUAACCAGCAGGCAAAUUCUGUGGGUACACCAAGAUCGAGAAAUUCGGCUGUUCGGCCAGUGGUCAAACCACCGCCAGUUCCAGCCUACGCGCCACAGCAGAAGAGUCCUCCACUCUCAGAGCCAAGCUCCAGCUCUUCCCCAUCUCCAUCUGUAGCACCUAAACCCAGACCAAACCCUCCAAGCAGACCCCCUCCACCUCGUCCUGUUACCAAACCCAAUCUGAUCACAAAGGAGGACCCAUUAAGAAAAGGCCCUCAAGUAUCACCAGCUGUGUUGCAGAAAGGGAAGGCCAAUCUGGCGCCCUCUGCUGGAAAUCUCAGGAAUCCCACUGAAAGCAGUGGAAAAAGCUGAGGCUUUCUUAUACUGGGAAAAAAAGGGCAUUACUCUUCUAUGCAUGGGACCCCUAAAAUGGCAUACUGGAGCAACAAGCAACUUUUCCACGAUGUGAACCAGGGCUGUGGAGACUGCCAGCGUUCAACACCAUGUUUGCCUACUACACUUUAAAACUAAAGUGUAAUAUACUUGUUGCAUUUAACUUUGUUUCAGUACUCUUUUGAGGUUCAUGUGCCAUAUUUGUACAGUUUAUUUUAUACCUAUUUAUUACAAAGGCUGUACUGAAGAGAAACCCUGGAAGUUGCCCCUGAAGUUUUCAGAUGUUGCCUUUCAUCAUGAGCAUUCAGAAUACUGAGAAUGCUUAUCUAAAGUGCAUUGCACACAGUAUUAAAAACAAUGACACGUUGUGUAAGCAACACACAUUAACUGGAAUAUGGACCUGAGUUUUGCACUUGGUAUAUGAAAAAAGGAAAUGUAUAGCAAUAAUAGUCAGGAUAUGUUGAUUUAUUGUACAGUGUUAUUACAGUAGAAUGUGAUCCUCUCUACUGCAUUUUAUUUUAUGGCUAAAUUUAUCAGGAGAAUAAUUGCAAAAUGCUGGACUUAUGUGUAUAUCAUUAACCCAGUUUCGGCAUUUUAUUCUCUUUACCUGUUCCAUUUGAGAGAACUUGACAAAAUGCACCUUAGGCUGUUUACAGUAAGGGCAUCAGGGAAUGUACAGUUAAGACAUAGUGAAUCAUAAGAUCAAAACUUUUAGCUUUUUAAAAAAUUUUUUGUUAUCAUAAGGAAUUUAGGUUGUCUAGAAGAUAUUUCAUCCUAAUGCCACCACAGUCCAUAUAGCUGUUUCAGGAUUAUACUGUGUUAUUGAGUUCAUAAAAGUCAGCCAAAAUGUACAAAAGGCAUGUACCAAAACGCAAGUGUCUUCAAUCUGUUUAUCCCUGUAAUUACUACCUGGUGUAAUCUAAUGUAAUCUAAAAUAGAUUUUGUAAUUUUUUUUUUUGCUUUUAAAUGAAAAAUUUUAAAGCGAUUUUUUUUUUGUAUCUUUUUUACGCAAGGAUUGUGAAAAUCAUGCUUUAGAAGAAUGCUGUUGCCAUAUUGAUGCUGUAAAAUGGGGACCAUGUAAAGUAAGAACAAAUAAUAAUUGAAAUAAACACUGUGAACUGUAUGUUUAUGACUAUUAGACUAUAUCUGAAUAAAAACAUAACUGAAAGGACCAUUUGAAAUGCUGCCUACACUAAUGCAGUGCUAUGGACGAACUAUAUUCUGUUGUCCUUCGGCUUAUUUGCACCUUGUGAGAUGUGCUUUCUGUUAUUAAGGGAAAAUAAAAAUAUUGUGAAUUAAUACUGGAACUGGACUGAGCCAAUGCUAUGGAUCACAAAUUGGCUUUGAUUUGCAA